CCUCUAAAUUAUUUUAUGAUUUUCAAUCGAUUGUUUUUUUUAAGGAAACAAUCAAAGAAAUUACCGGAAAACAAAGAUUUUGUAAUAUUUUGUAUUGUAUCCUUUCAUAACUCAAAUUUUAUGUUUUGAUUUUGACAUGCAAAUCGAAUUUUGUAUGGCGAACAAUUUAAAUGAAAUUUUAAUAUGGAUAAGAAAGGUUACUAAUUCAUUAGACGACAUACCCUGGGUUCUAGUGUUUGUAUUGCUUAUUAUACAAAGUUGCAGAUUCAUCGAUCAUUUUUGGAAAAAUUUCUCAUUGUAGUGAUCGGUUUCAUGGAGAUAAUAAAAUUAUUAAUGAGGGUAAACAUGGAAUAAAUCAAAUCCGUUGACUUAUGAGACUCAAUUAGUACUAAAGAUUUAGUUCUUUCUCCCAAAUGUUACCAAUUUAUAUGGGAAAUUCAAAUUUGAGCAUCCCACGAAUUUGAUACUUAUUCUUUGUAUAUUAAAUUUGAACAAUUUACCUGAGUGUUGAAUUUAGGGUCCAAAUACAUUAUCAAAAUCCUUCAUUGAAAUGACCCCUUAAUUUACACACAAUCCCAAAUGUUUAUCUAGAUAUAAUAUAUAAAAGGUUAGCUACUAGCACGAAAAUUUUCAGUAGUGAAUAGUGAUUUUCCAAAAUUCUAUCAACACAAUGAAUAUGGGUCAUAGUACUUUGGUUUAUAUAAUUAUAUGGGUUUUACGUGGAAGGUGUGUUGAAUGCAGUUAAACAGGUGAUUCUACCUAAAAACAAAAUAUGGACAAAAGUGUAAAGCAUAUAACUAAUUUAACACGAUUCUAAAAUUGAGCAAACUCGUAAAAUCUUAACAAGAAGUUUAUUAUAAACAUCGAUUGUAACUCAUAAGCGAGUUCAAGAAUACAAACUCUCAACGACUGGUUUAACUUUACAUAAUAAGAGAAGUGUUUAAGAAUCCAAGUUCUCAAAAUCAGAGCACACAAAUGUUAUAAAGGAUAAAAAUAAAACUACAUGAAUAAAUUGGCUUCAACAUUUGCAUUAAAAUCAUGCUCAACGUCACCACUACCAUCAAAUCCACUAUAAUAUCCAUGAUUACCAUCAUCUCUUGGAUCGUCACCACCAGUAACAUCAUCACCCUCCAUCAACAAUAGGAACACCAAGAUCCGUUUCAAUAACAUAUCGUCCCUUCCUCACCAUCAACGCCUAAAUCUUCAGCUUGUUGUUCUUCUUCUUCUUCAUUGUCGAUAGCACAGAUCCAUUAAUUUUCAAAGCCCAUAUUUUUUAAGUCAAUUUCAAGCAUUCUUGAUUGCUUGGCAUUUCCCACUAGCUUGUCGUUGUACAUGACAUACAUAAGAUCGUUCAUCUUUUGUGUUAGAAAACUGCUAUUUUUCUUAGUAUGAAUCUAAAGAAAAAAUUUCACAUGUAAAAGAAUGAAUGACGAAUAAAAGGUUGUUGUUUUUUCUUUUCUUUUCUUUUCUUUUCGUUUUGUGGAAGACAGGAACUUUAUCGAAUUGGAGCAAGAAGAAUUGGGGUACUGAGCUUACCACCAAUAGGGUGUCUACCAUCACAAAGAACAAGCGGUGGAGGGCCUAACAGAAGCUGCUCAAACUCUUCUAAUCAAGCAGCCCAGCUCUUCAACUCCAAGCUCUCUGCAGUCCUUGAUUCCCUAAGCAAAACGCAUCCCGACGCGUUGUUCGUGUACUUGGAUGUCUACAAUCGUCUUACUUCCAUCAUCCACAACCCUAUUCAAUAUGGUAAACAAUUCCAUCAAGUCUUAAUACCCAAAUAUUAGAGGGGAUAAAAAACAAAAAAGAUGAAAGAACCAUUUUCCUUCCUCGUUUCAUUUUGGUUAAUGGUUGGUGCAGGAUUUGAAGUGGUAGUAAAAGGAUGUUGUGGGACUGGGACAAUAGAAGCCAGCAUUUUGUGUACUUCAGUCAGCGACUCACAAACAUGUAAAGAUGCUUCUAAGUAUCUCUUUUGGGACAGCUACCAUCCUUCCGAGAAAGGUUAUGGCAUCCUCAGCGACAUGGUCAUCAACGAAUUUGCUGCCAGAUUCAUGUGACAGUUCUCUUUUCCCUUCUCUAUAUGACCAAUCACCACAUUUUAGGGUCAAAUAAAUGUUAUGAAUUGUGACCACGAAUUUGCCACUCCUCCUCCCCAAGUAUUUUGGAGGAUACGUACACGUCAUUUUAACAGGAUUAUGUACUAUUAAAAUUGAAGCAAAGAAAUGUAGAAUUUCCCAGCUACAAGUAGUUGUUGCGUGUCCUGUGAGAUCCAGUCCAAGCACCAUAUACUAACUCGUAUUAUAUAGGGUUAGGUUAGUACUUAAUACGACGACUUUUAAUCUUGACUGUUAAAAAUAUCUAAUGGCUUAUCGCAAGAUGCCCUCAGAUUGCAGUUGUUUCCCUUUUGCUCAUAUACAAAGAAUAAUAAGAUAGAAACGGUGUUAUUGAAUACCAAACAUCAAGUUGUACAUAUCCAGAACCUCUAGGGUUCGCACAUUUAUGCAACUAAGGGAACUAGUCUGCCAUGGGGAUGAGUUUCGGGGAGUCAUCGAUUGAAACGAAACUCCCAAAGAACCCUUAGAAUUAGCGGCCACAACAUAAAAAUUGGGGUUGAUGGCGCCGAUUGCGCCACUAAUUCCUCCCAUUAAUCGGUGUUGCUCUAAGUCAGUUGGGGUACUCUGUCGAUAGAGUAACGACCCUCUAACUGCCUCCUAUUAUUGGCUACCAAGUUCUAAACCAAAGAGACCUUCUUUAUAUAGGCCUUGGAUUAGGGUUUCUGUGAGAGAAAUUCGACCUUGGCGGGUCAUCCAACCAAUCAGAAGAGUUCUUCCAUGCAGCUACUACUUAAGGAUAAUUUUGAACGCUUCCCUAACGAAUUACUUGGCCUGAAAAUGCACAGAUUGCUACCAAAAGCGUAACUUGAUAACAAAAGUAGUAUAAAACUCAUUUUGAUCAUUCACAUAUCAAAUCCAAAGUAUUACAACGCUAAAGAUGGGAAAUCAAUGCAAUUUCAAUCAUAAUACGGGAUCUAAAAUAGUAUGUUUCUUGUGUCAUCAAAGACAUCAAUAAUUCUCUAUAAAAAAAGACAUCAAUAAUUCCACAUUUUUCGAAAUAUUGUGUAACUAACUGGUUAUGAUACUAACUAACAAUACUAAAAUACUAAGGCAAAAUACACUUGUGUAGCCAAAAAUUUCGAGUUUGUGACAAUAAUAGCCAAAUUUGAAGAAAUACCACUUAUAGCCAGAAUUUUGAAAGUUUCAUGACAAAUAUAGCCAUUUCCGUUACAAACGUUAACACAGUCAGUGACACCGUUAGUUAUUUUAACAGUAUGCUUACUGUGCUGCCAACUCACCUGACACAUCAUCGACAACUCAGCCUUCGAUGACAGGUGUAUGCCACAUCAAUUUUUUAAUUAAAAUAAAUUUAAAAAAAAAACAAAAUAUGUUUUUCUCACAAACUCGUCACUGCGUAAAAGAAAAGAAGAUUCUCAAUUUCAUCGCAACCUCCGCCAUCCCCAAUUCCAUCUAAAUAUCUCACAACUCACCUGCCGCCGGCACUGUAUUAAGAUGAAACUCGUUUAACUGCCAGUGAAAGAAAUUGAUGAUGUCGGAGGGGACGGAGUAGCAGGUGAUCUUCGUCUCUUCAAUAGCAGUCCAGAAAUCCAUAAACCAAAACCCAAAAAUCAAUCCAUAGACAAAAAUCCAAAAAACUCGCUGAGAACCUUCAUCUUCGUCCUCAAAUCAAUCUGUUGCUUCCUAUGAGAGUAGUCGACGCUUUCUCCCAAUCGAUUCGUAUUCUUCCUAGUGCUCUCCGCCCGAUUUAUGGAACGCCAGUGGCUAGUGGUUAACCACUAGCCACAACGAUUUACCCACAAAACCCACAUUAACCACGUUACUUAUAUUUAUUUCUUCAAAUACUUUGUAACCCACAUUAACCACAUUAGUUAUAUUAGUUUGUGAAACUUGGAAGACUAAGAAUUAAAGUAGAUACCAAAAUCAAAUACACACUUAUUCUAUAAAACAAAACCAAGUCAAUGCGCAAUGUUCAUGUGAGAUAUUUUUAUCAAAUAAGCAUUGUCCGUGUGGUAUAUGUUUAUUGUAUAACAAAACCAAGUCCAUAGAUAUAGUCAGAUAAAUUAGUCGAUUUGUUAAAAGAGGGGAAUAAUCGAUAAAAGUUAGUCUGAUACCCAAAAUAAUCUCCAUUUCUCCACGAAUUCACGAACAACACAACAUGCAACCAACUACCAACAAUACAAGACUAUAAUCGAGAAUGGAGAAUAAGCAAAUCAUUAAAAGCGGGCACCUCCACUUAUCGAGCCACUUUUGUGUUUUGUUAUUAUUGUCAUUGGAGGGGUCGUGACAUGCAACGAUGUUUGUCUGGUAAUAGAUCACUCUGCCUCUGCGUUAUCUUCAAAUCUCUUUCCAAAACCAUCUCUUCUAAAUUUACAUUAACAAACCUAUUGUAUUCGAGAUUUAUAAUUUAUUUAACACUUUAUUAACUUUCUAUUAUGCGUGUUUUUGUUUUUGUGUGAGAAGAAACACAACAUCACUACUUAAUUACAAUAUAAUUAUAUUUAAUGUGAAAUUUUUGUGGGUAUCCACAACCAACCCGCACCGGGUUGUGGUUAACCACUACCCACUGCGGGACGGGUUGUGGAUAGCAUAAUUCUACAUUUAUGGGUGUGGUUACCCGCAAAAUGUGGGGCGGACAACCACACCCACCCCCAAUUUCCACCCCUAUCUCCACCACCCUAGUCCCCCCUGAUUCAACACCAUUCAAAAACCCAUCUCCACCUCCUCUUCCACCGCUGGGGCUAGCAUCUUCCAUCACACAUGUCCUCUUUUUUCCCCAAUUAAGUGAGAAUGAAGCAAAUUGGCUCAUGCUCAAUUUCUUUUGUGGAUCUCGAUCUGGGGUAGUGGUACAAAUGACGGCGAUGCCAAGCGGCGGAGGAAAAUUACAGUCGCACCCAAAUUCGUCGCCGCCCAAAUUGCAGCUCCCAAAUUCGCCACUACCUUGAAUAUCCACCGCCCCCAAAUCACCGUCCAAAUCCCCCUUUCUCUGAAACCCUUUCCGGCUCCGGCAACUCCCAAACCCAGUCGAUGAUGGAAGAAACGCGAGCGGCGGCGUCGAGUAAGAAUCAAAGCUGCAUCGUGCAGGAGGGACAGUGGUCCAAAGAGAAGGCUUCAAAAUCAAAACAAAAAAUCGAUCUUUGACGAGUGAAAAUUCGAUUCAAAAGUGACGAACUUAAAUUCAUUUCGCCCCAGUGCUUUCUUUGCUUCCCUAGUCAAAGCCUCGCCCUAGUUAAAGCCUAGCGAGGAAAGAUGCAUCGGCGUGGAGGGGUAGUCGCUGCGAGGGAGAUUUUCGGUGGGGAGAGAGGGAGAACGCGAUGAAGAUGAGCCCCUGUUGGGGGAAGGGAAGGGGAAAGAACCGAGAGGGAAGAGAGAAAAUAAAGAAAAAUGAUUUUUUAUAUUUUAUAUUUUAUUUUUUCAGUUAAUUCCAUCUCAUAUGUUUUAUGGACUAAAAGAUUGACACACCAGCUUUUCUGUUAGUCUAGUCAGCACGUUAUUUCACACCGUCAAAGAAUUGGACGGAAGUGGCUAUUUUUGGUAUUUCGCCCAAAGUGGCUAUAUUUGACCAAACCGUCAAAGUUUUGGCUAUACAAGUGUAUUUUGCCAAAUACUAACUACAAAAUAUUCGUUUGCUUGUUGGAUUUGAAAAUGAGGGUUUUGAGUUUUCAAAACCUUUGGAUUUAUGAUGGAUUUGUUGCAUUAUGGAUUUGGAAGAGUACAUUGUUUGUGUAGUUUAUUUUUUUCAUAGAUUCAUGAUGGAUUUGUUCACAUUUUGCCUUCCAUUAUCAAAUCCCAAAUGAAAUGUGGGAUUUGCAAAUCCGUGGGGUCCACGGAUUUGGAUCUAAAAAAGGGUCCAAAUCCGUGGGCCCCACAGAUUUGUGUCCCUUAGCAAACAAUGGACUUGUGCCAAUUCAAUUAUGCUUGGGAUUUGGGUACCAAAUCCAUCACUCAAAUCCCACAAGCAAACGAUACCUAAACAAGUCCCAAAACUAGCUACUAACUACUAAAAUACUUUAAAAAAAAAACCUUUUGAGAGAUGAGCAUAGGCGGAGGGAGGCCCAUUGGGCCUUAUCCCGGGACAGGUGUAAAUUUCGGAGGAACAAAAAUCAGUCUUUUAUAUUAUAUUGGUGAUGCAAAACAACGCCUAUAGGUAGUAUUAGAGUAUUUUUGUCACUACAACACAACUCAUUAAUUAUUCAUAAAUUGACAUAAAAUUAAUUUAUUAUACUAUAAACGAAUUAUAAUUGCAAUAAAGACCUAAUCGGAUCUCUUUUCUCCUUAUGCCUAUUCGAUUUUUUCCCAACAACCCUGAAAUUGUCUAGCGACAUCGACAAUUCCACUAGUUUUGAUUCUACGAAUUACAACUGCAAAUGUAAAAAGAGCAUUUUCAGCUUUGAGUUAUAUUAAGAACAAGUUUCCAAGUCGAUUUGGCUACCAAUUUGCUAAUGCUAAUUUAGUGAGAUACAUUGAAAAAGACUUAUUUAAUAGUGUAGACGACGAAUGUUUUUGCGUUUCUUUCACAAUAUGAAAUCUCUCUGUGGUUGUUAAAAACAAUUAUCGUAUAGUCGGUUAUUUAUGAAUGAAUUAUGCAGAUAUAAUUAAUUUUAAUUAAAUAUUUACAUAUUUAUAUUAUGAAAAGAGGACAUGGGUGGUUUGAAAUGCCGGCUCCGCCACUGCUGCAGAUGAGUACGGUUUUUGUAAUUUAAGACUUUUAAGUGUUUAGUUGUUGUGUUUAUUGGUGAAUCAAUAUCAUAAAACUCAAAACAUUUCGCGAACAAUAUGUUUGACUAUCAAACAUUUUGCUAACCAAAAUCAAACCACAUACUAACAGAAGGUAAUUAUGGUUAAGCAAAGCUGGUGUAGUAGCGUGGGGUUUAGGAUUGGACCACAAAUCGGAAAAAGUUUAAAGGUAAGCAGUUGGUUAUGCUUUCUCCAUCAGCCCCCUCUUAAUUGCACCUUUUAAGUUUUCCCUUUCUUAAUUACAAUUUUAAUGCAGGAACCAAACCAUCAGACAUUCACGCCAACGCCAGUGAUAAAAAAAAACAAAACAAAAAAUUCCCAAACAGUCGCCGCCUCGUGCCAGAGGGAGUCACUAUUCCAUUACCACCACCCAUGGUUGUCACGCCGGUCGGCGUGCCACUGGUUGAACCUGGUUUAACUUGUACCGGUCAUAAAACAGACAUGACACUACUGGUAUGACCGGCAUGAUCGAUAUACGAAUUUCCAAAUAAAAUGAUUUUAUCUUAGUGAAUUUAAUUGAUAAAAAGUCAUUUAUUAUUUGUUUUAUGUGUUAAAAAGUUAGAUGUUGAUGUUGUUUGUUGGAUUCAAGUACAAAUAUUUAGGUAUUUACGUUAAAUGUCGUGUUUAUAUAUGAGUAUUUGUAAAUUAUUUGUAAUAUUAAUCAAUAUGAACCGGCACAAACUGGUAUGUACCACAGAUCGAACCAUUCCACUUGAUAAAUCAGCACACUGGCAUAAACCGGUUUGACAACCUUGCCACCACCACACCAGCCAAGCGAGGAAGGUCAAGUUCUCGUAAUACGCGAAUGUCAACAAGGGCAGUUUCGUCAUUCCGGCUAGGACACCUCCACUACCACCCCCCACACUACUCCGCUGUACAGUGCCAAAAUCCAUGGUGUUUGUCUCUCAGUGCACGGCGAGACGACGCCAGCGCAGCAGCAGCAGCAGCAGCAAGAGACAGAUUUCACCGAAAUACCAGUCACUAAAACCCAAUCUCCCUCCCCUCUGCAAAUGUGAGAGAGUGAGUGUCUUCUGUUCUCUUUCUCUUCUCCUUCCUCGUUUUCUCUCUGCUCUGGAUUUUCCUGCUCUGUGCACUUUCCGCAUACCUCCAAAUUCCCAUUUCACGAAGAGAGAGCAAAGAAGGUGAGAGAUGAAGAGAUUCAUUCUUUUUCUCAGCAGAACUCAACAACAAUGCUUCCUCUCUCUCCCUCCUCCAUGGAUUUUGACGUUUCCCCUUCUCCCUCUCACCUCUUUCCUCUUUACCCAUCUCUCUGUAUUACAUAUAAUGAUAAAUAACAGCAGUAAUAACAUUUUUGAAGAAAAAGCGGAGUUGAAAACUGUGCAGCCGUAUUUCAUUUGCAUGGAGAGAAGAUAAAAAUCGUUUGUCUCCCUCCCCACCACCACCAAUUCCCUGAAUUUCACCCUCGUUUGUUAAAAAAAUAAUCUUGUUGUGGCUCUUCCAAUUUUCAUUCGUACUCCAUUGCUUCUUGCCGGCAGGUUGCCUCUUGUUCUUUUUCGCCUGAUUCAGGCGACGGAGUCAUUAAUGGUAGAAAAAGGGGUGAGAGCCAGAACUGUGUGAAUGCUGGGUUUGCUUGCUUGUUUUUCUCUAUGUUGAGAUUUGAUUUUCCGUUUCCUUCUUCCCAAUGCCGAACGAUGCAUCUGCCUUUUUUUUUUUCUCUUCUUUUCUGGGUUUUUGCUUUUUCAUUUUGGGUCUUUGCAGAGCCAGUCAAGAAGCGUAAUGGUUAAUUCACCCAUUCCUGCUUUCUCUUUUUGUUUUUCUCACAACUUCUUCUGCUUUCUUCCUACUGCUGUGUAGCAGCUGAAGCCAGAGCUUGGGCAAAUCUACUUCUGAUCUCCCGUCGUCGCGUAGAUGCAGUUCCUGCCCAUCUAACCCAGGCUGGAAGCCCUGGAAUCGGUUCAGAUCAAAAUUACCUCAUCUUCACUUCUCGUUGCAAUCAUGCGGUAGCAGGAGUUCAGGAAGCUUCUUAAAAAUACCCAACUCCCGGCCGAUUCUGUUAGACGUCAGUGGUAAGGGAAAACCCCCACCUUCUUCUUCUUCUUUUGCCAAUUCACUCGAUUUGACGACGUGUUUUAGAGCGAACUGUGAAUUCGGCAGUAAUAGUGGAAUUUUGGUUGCACACGUUGUGUUUGAUUGUGUGCGCCAGUGGAUCUAAGAUUGAUGCUGGCCACAAGAGCAAACAGAGAAAUUUUUUACCCCCUGCAUCCUGCUGAGUAAUGGGUUAUUUCUUAGCGAUCUCUUGUGUUUUUCCCCGGCACAGGAUUAGAUUCUAUACCGUCGAGGAAGGAUGUCAGCUUGGGGUAAUUUUGGGGAGAUUGCGAAUGUGGCCCAGGUCACUGGUCUGGAUGCAGUGCGGCUAAUUGGGUUGAUAGUCAAAGCCGCCAGCACAGCCAGGAUGCACAAGAAGAACUGCAGACAGUUUGCUCAGCAUCUCAAGUUGAUUGGGGGCUUACUGGAGCAGCUUAAGAUCACCGAGCUUAAGAAAUAUCCUGAAACAAGGGAGCCGCUGGAACAGCUUGAGGAUUCACUGAGGAGAUCGUACAUUUUGGUGAAUAGCUGUCAGGACAGAAGCUAUCUCUACUUGCUUGCCAUGGGUUGGAACAUAGUCUACCAAUUCAGGAAGGCGCAGAAUGAGAUUGAUCGGUACUUGCGGUUAAUUCCUCUCAUCACACUCGUGGACAACACUCGAAUCAGGGAGAGACUUGAAGAUAUUGAGAGGGAUCAGCGCGAGUACACAUUGGAUGAAGAGGAUAGAAAGGUUCAAGAUUUGAUCUUGAAAUCUGAGUCCGUCAAAGAUCAAACUACCGUGUUGAAAAAAACUCUUUCUUGUUCGUAUCCAAACAUGUGUUUUAAUGAAGCUCUGCAAAAGGAAAGUGAGAUGCUGCAAGUUGAGCUACAGAGAUCACAAGCUAAUAUGGAUGUGAACCAAUGUGAGGUUAUCCAACAUCUGCUUGAAGUUACAGAAGUUGCAGCAGCAAAUGUUGUGCCUGAAAGAAGUUCACCCAAGAAGGCUUCAAAGAAAUCGCAGCCUGAUUUCUCAGAUAUGAACGAGAAGGAACAUACAUUUGAUGAGAGCUAUCCAAGGAAAAGUGACUCUCGUACCACCUCAAGAAACACGUCCUCAGUUUCUUCUGGGAAAGACUUGCUGUCCCGAAGAGGUUCCAGUCUUGAUGAAGAAUGGCACUCCGAUUUGCUUGGUUGUUGUUCAGAACCUGUACUGUGUAUGAAAACAUUCUUUUACCCAUGUGGCACAUUCUCAAAGAUAGCAACUGUAGCAUCAGGCAAUCACAUGUCAUCAGCAGAAGCAUGCAACGACCUGAUGGCGUACUCAUUAAUUCUUUCAUGUUGCUGUUACACCUGUUGUAUUAGAAGGAAGCUCCGCAACUUGUUCAACAUCUCUGGUGGUUUCAUUGACGAUUUUCUCUCACAUUUGAUGUGUUGCUGCUGUGCCCUUGUCCAAGAAUGGCGAGAAGUUGAGGCUCGAGGUGUUUAUGAUCCUCAUAAGACAAAAAUGAGGCCUCCACCCACGCAAUCGAUGGAAUCCUAGGAGGGUAUGGAUUCAGCAUUUGUUUGGUUGCUGCAUCAAGGUGUCCAUACAACCGUGAAAGCCAAUAUAACAUAGGCAAUGAAUGGGCUGCUUGCCGCCAUAUACCUGGAGUUUUACCUUGGUUCUACUUCUGUUCAUAAUCCCUUUUUACAUGCAGGAUUGGCAGUUUGUAAAGUAGCUAUAAGAACAUUUUUAACCUCCAGCACAUCAUGUAUCAUAUACUAGAAGUUGUUUGGAAUCAUAUAGGGUUUGCCUCGAUACAUCUUGUUCCUUAUUUGCUACUCGUGAUUUAAAUAUCUUUUUGUGAUAGUAUUUGAAAAGGUACACCCCGAUGAACUCAUGCGGUUCCGACGAGCCCAGCAAGGCAGUAGAUAAGAUAGAAGAAGGGGCCUAUACGCAGAAACUAGAUCGCUGGCAGUUGGACAAGGCGCGAUAUCUUAUCGGUCGCUCUUGAAAAAUGGAUAUCUCCAGAAAAAAAAUUUCACUUCAAU